AUGUGCAUAAUAUUUGGUUCCCAUGCAAACGAACUUACUGCAAAGUUAAAUGAAGAUGUCGAAAAUUUAAACGCCACGGUUGAUUAUCAUGAUGAUGAAAAACAAAAUAAGACUCUCAAUGAAGAAUGCAAUAAUUGUGACGAUAUUGAAGGAAUUCCAAAAAAAGCUGAAGAUAACAUAAAUUAUGUUGAAAACUCAGUUUCGUAUGUCGAUAUCUCUUACGACCGUCCAAAUUGUUCAUCAAUACCUGACUGGUAUGAAACUGACCAAGGACCAUCGAAUGACAGUGACUUAGAAUUUGUUGCAAACAUUCCAUUUCCAAAUUUAUCAUCUGAAAAUAGGAAUAAAAUUUUCUUUGGAAGUACAUUCAGGGACCAAAGUAAUGAUGAAUCAUUGGAAUCGUAUUCACGAACAAACCGAUGUUUAUUUCACAAUUAUAGCUCUUUAAUUGAAUUAGCACCGUUAUUAUCUAAUAAUCAGUAUACAGACGAUAAUGCUUAUGUUGAUUUUGAAAAUAUGAAUUAUGUAUCAUCAACAUCAUUGUGUUCUACAGAAAGUGUAGCUAACACAAAUAGCAUUCCAAAAACUGUAGAUAUCCAUAGUCCUGAAAAUACUACUAAUAAAAGAUAUUUAUCAAUGUUUAUGGCACCGAGCAUUAAUAAUGAUAUAACGAUUAAUUAUUACAAUGAAGAACUUAACUAUGACAGUGAUGAAAGUUCACAAUUUAGCAUUGAUAUUUCUUAUAAUUAUUCAGAUGAGUCAUCAAUACCAGAUUGGUAUAAAACUGAACAAUUUAAUCCGUUAAAUAUGGACGAUGAUUUUAUUGUAAAUAUUCCAUUUCCAAAACGACAAUUUUAAAAACAAACUAUGGAAUAUACUUAAAAUGAGUCUAUAACCUAUAAUUUUUAAUCAAAAAUAUCAUAUGAACAAUGACUUCUCAUGUGGCUAUUUCGUUUACAUGAAAGAUAACAUUAUUCCUGCAACAAAUUUAAUCAAUUACUUUGAAUAAAAGGUGAAAAAACAAUUUUGUCAAGUGGAAUAUUAUCGAAUAAAUUCUUAUAUGUUUU